UGUGUGCAAUUAUUCAAAUCGGCUGCCUUUCGAUUCAUGCUUUCAAUUGCACUGCUAGGACACGUUUCCUCCGUGAUAAGUACUCAAACCACCUCUAUGCCUGUGAGCACGUUUCUGCCUCAACGGGAUCUGUGGUGUCUACGGGUCGAUUAUAGGGAUCAGGGGGCUGGGAUACGGGUUUGGAACGAUAACGACUCGUCGUUCGAUAGUGGCUUUAAAAUACAUGCUCGAUGCUUAAAAACAUUGUGACUGAAGCACAAGUAAUUCGUCUAAUAUAUAAACCUGUCAAAUUAGAGGACGAUCGCGGGAAUGUUGAAGUGUGUGUGUUUGUAUGUGUGUGUGUGUGUGUGUGUGUGUGUGUGUGUGUGUGCGCGCGCGCUAGGAGAGGUUGAGAGUGCGAGGGAGAGGUGUGUAAACUGUCAGAGAGACGUGAGGACUCGAUACUGAUGCGGUUUAAGUCGUGUAGCUGAAUCGCUUGCUGUGCAAUAAAAGGCAACAGGACAUUUUGUUGUUUUUUUCCCUCAGAUAAAAGCGUAACAGUGCAAAGAGGCUAAUACAUUUGUCAGCCUGUUACUUAUGCGUUGCUGCAAGCUAAAUGGCUAGCUUUGACUUCAGGGCUUGUUCCUGAACGUUGGUUUUAUACAAAUAGCUUCCUUAUUCUGAAGAGGCACAACAAAAGCGGUUGCCGCAUCGCUUUGUUCUGUAUUUUCUUGUUCUGUCUUUCUGGGUAUAACUGCAAACGGAGCUUAUCUGAACCUAUCGUCCAACUCCAUCUCGCGUUCAACCUGUGUCGGAGCGGUGAAAGGAAUCGAAGCGAUGAUGUCGGGGAAAUCUAUGAAAGACAUUGACAGAUAUCAAGCUGCGCUCAACUCGUUACUAUCACUUGAGGAGAAUAAAUUCUGCGCGGAUUGUGAAUCAAAAGGACCCAGGUGGGCGUCAUGGAGCCUGGGCGUCUUCAUUUGUAUCCGCUGUGCCGGCAUCCACCGGAACCUGGGCGUCCACAUCUCCCGGGUCAAGUCCGUCAACCUGGACCAGUGGACACAAGAACAGAUACAGUGUGUUCAGGAGAUGGGAAAUGCCAAGGCCAAACGUCUAUAUGAAGCUUUCUUACCUGAAUGUUUCAGUCGACCUGAGACUGACCAGUCAGCAGAGAUAUUUAUCCGGGACAAAUAUGAAAAGAAGAAAUACAUGGACAAGGUCCUGGAUGUUAACAGACUUAGGAAAGAGAAGAGCUGUGAAAACAUUCCCAGGGAACCAGUGGUGUUUGAGAAGAUGAAGUUGAAAAGAGAAAACAGCCCAAAGACACAGACACAGUCUCACACACACACAAAGACACAGACACAAGGUCAGGCUGUCUCAGACCUGCUGGGACUAGAUGUUCCUGUAUCAGGAGCAGCUGUAACUAAUGGCAGACCCUGCCGUGGAGGAGGAGGUAGUCCCUCAGUGUCUAACUCUGGCCUGGAUCUAUUCAGCUCUGCCUCCAGCUCCACUGCCACAAACACACCGGUAGGUAGCUCCAUGCCGAGGGGUCGCGUGGCCGCGUCGGUACCCGAGAACCUCAGUCUGUUUCUGGACUCUAAGCCAAGGCAGGAGGGGUCUGUGAGGAAGUUAUCCAAGGACUCCAUCCUGUCCCUCUACGCCACCACACCCACAUCACACCCCAACCUGGCUGCUCAUGCGGGUCUGUACAUGAACCCAGCCCAGUUAGGCUACUAUGGAUCGUACCAUUCUCUGGCCAAUCAGGGGGGAGCCUUGGGAGGAACCAUGGUGACAUCACACUCCAUGAUGUCCCUGAGUGGUCAUCAGCAGAACACCAUGAUGAGGGGGCAACAGCAAAGCAUCAUGGGAGCUCAACAGAAUGGGCCACAACAGAACAUUUUCUUGGCUCAACAGGGAGUCACAUCCCCAUUUAUGGCAGGAGUACCCCAUGGGGUAAUCCAGCAGCAAAGUUUUAUGGGAGCACAGCCAAAUGGAAUGGUUGCAGCACAACAGAAUGGCUUCAUGGGAUAUCAGCACAGCAUCAUGGGAGGACAGCAGCAAAGCAUCAUGGGAGCACAACAGAACGGACUGGUGGCCACAGCGCAGAACAGCUUUACAGGACAAGGACAGCCACAGCAAAGCAUCAUGGGACAACAGCAAUGCACUAUGGGACAACAGCAAGGCAUUAUGGGAGUUCAACAGCAAGGCAUGCUGGGAGGAAUGCCAGCUGAGCAGCAGCUGUAUGCAGCACAACAGGGUCAGCAGCUACAGUGGAACAUCGCUCAGAUGACCCAGCACAUGGCAGGGCUGAACUCCUACGGAGCCAAUGGCAAGAUGGGAUAUGACAGACAGCACAUGGGAGGACCAACCAAUCAAAGCACCACCCAGAUGAUGACCUCAAACAUCUGGAAGUGAUGUUAUAACUUGUAGAGGCAGUGAUGUCAUUAAACCGUGGCGGGGCUGGUAUUUGGGGGAUUUUCUAAUGAUAAUCUGACAUUAGAGGAAAAAGACGAGGAGAAUGAAUAGGAGCAGAAAGAGGUGGAGGAGGAGGUAGCUGCUCUUUUCCAUCUCUCCUCCCUCUCUAGCUCCUAUUCUUUCAUAGCCAUUUUUCCAUGCUUGCCUUCUGAUCAUUUAACAAGCAAUCAAAGGACCAGAAAUGGAGGUCAAAGGUGAAGGGGUGACAGAGGUCACACUGAACUGGGACCGCAGUUUUAAACUAGUCAUUUCCAGUGUUUGUGUGGGAGUGUGCAUGUGUGAGAGUGGGAGUGUGUGUGUGUGUGUGUGUGCGUAUGUUUGACAGUUUGCAUGUA